CCCUGUUUUCACCCAGUUAAACGCAUGUACUUAAAAGACAGGCCACUACCAUUCACCAACACAAGCACGAUUCACACAGUAUUCAUGUCAGAAAGGUAAGAUCGCUGCUGCGGGGACUCGGAUCACUGGAAGUGGACCAUGGCGGCUGCCACGAGCAGCAACACAUCCACAGCCACGCUACAGAUCAAGCACUCCAGUAUCGAGCAUACACGGAAACGCAUAGACCCAAGGAGGAGGCAGGCGGCGUUGUCUUUUCUCAGCAACAUUUCUCUAGAUGGACGACCCGUGCAAGACGACGCAGACAAUCAAACCGGGGAGGACAACUCUCUCGAAGCACGGACUAGACAGAGCCUGGUUUCCCCGGAGCGCUCGGCGUACGGGGCGGCUGGCGCCGCCGGAGCCGCCGCUGCUGCUGCGGCCGCGGCGGCUGCGACCACGGCCGCCCAGGCGCUCGCCUUUGCAAACCAGGCUCUCCUCGCCAGCUCUCGGGCCAGCUUCGGGACGGGUCCCACGGCCCCUCCGGUGGGUUCAGACGCUGAGGGGGACGCUUUCGUGCCCUCGACGUUCAGCUCUCCUUUCUCUGCGGUGCCAGCCUCGGCGAGAGGGAGGCUGCAGACGUACACUCAGGGAAUCCUACCUGCCCCCUACUCCAGGCAAACCUCCCAAAACUACUGCCUGGAAGGCGGACAGAUAGCAAACUCUGCCAUUGAGCUGCAGAGGUCAAGACGGAGACUGAUCUCUCAGCGCUCGUCACUUGAAACACUAGAGGACAUUGAGGAAAAUGCUCCCCUACGAAGGUGCCGGACCCUAUCGGGUUCACCCCGACCAAAGAGCUUCAAGAAGAUCCACUUCAUAAAGAACAUGAGGCAACACGAUAUGCGCAAUGGAAGGAUAGUCCUUAUCAGUGGCAGAAGAUCCUUCUAUAGUGUAUUUUCAGUCCUGCCCUAUCGAGAUUGUAGCCAAGCAGGGGAUGUAAAGCUGGAAGGAGGACGUCAGCGGCACCCGUCUGGAGGCGUCAGUGCCAAGGAGAUGGUGAUCGGGCUGGAGGGGGUGGAGCUGGGAGCAGAUGGAAAGACUGUGUCCUACACCCAGUUCCUGUAUCCCACUAAUGUACUGGGCGGCCGAAGAAACACCAUCGACUCCACCUCGUCCUUCUCUCAGUCUCGUAACGCUAGCCACAGAAGCCUCAGCCUGGGCCGAGCCAACAGCAACCAGAGCAGCUUAGACACAGGGAAUGAUUUGGGGGACUUCAGGGAGUACGACCCAAAUCUGCUGGAUGACCCGCAGUGGCCUUGUGGGAAACAUAAGAGAGUCCUCAUCUUCCCCUCCUACAUGACCACCGUCAUUGAAUAUGUCAAACCCUCUGACCUCAAGAAGGACAUGAACGAAACCUUCAAGGAGAAAUUCCCCCACAUACGGCUAACGCUCAGCAAGAUUAGGAGCUUGAAAAGGGAGAUAAGAAAGUUGGCCCAGGAUGAGUGUGGUUACGAGGAACCAACAGUGGCCAUGGCAUUCGUCUACUUCGAGAAACUCGUUCUUCAAGGCAAACUAAACAAGCAGAACCGUAAACUCUGCGCUGGAGCUUGUGUCCUUCUGGCGGCCAAGAUCGGCGGUGACCUCAAGAAACAUGAGGUCAAGCUGCUUAUAGAUAAACUGGAGGAGAGGUUCCGAGUGAACCGCAGAGAGCUGAUUGCUUUUGAGUUCCCGGUCCUGGUGGCUUUAGAAUUCAACCUGCACCUGCCCGAGCACGAGAUCAUGCCCCACUACAGACGCCUGCUGCAGACCUCCUAGCAUUAGUGACCCAUCAGGGGGUUUACAUCCAGGUUCUCCUCCUGAUCCUACGCUCCCCAUGGUUUCCAUCUUUUCAGCUCUCGACUCCUCUUCUUCUGACAGAUCUAAGGUACUGCAGGAACCUGCAGCUGCCAAACGACAACACCCUUAUUUCCCUCAGAGACACAUAAUCAGCCAAAGGGACCCACAUUUCCAAAACUUUUUUCUAUUGUUUGACUUCUACAUUCGUCAUCACUACAUAGACUUCUGAAAGAAAGAACUGUAUCGUCUGCAAACUGGUUGUUUUUCUAGUUUGCAUGUCUUAAUAGUUACUUUGUAUAUUUUCGCCCUCUCUUGUUGAUUAAGAGAAUCUGAUGAUGGACUUUUUCAGCUAAAGGAACCAAUGAUUGUAACUUUUUUAUCAUUAAUCUCCUUGUAAACUUUGGUUUGAUUGGUUGCCUGCUGGCUGGCGUAAAUUCAAACAAAAGCCUUUAAAGCAGCUGAUUUUAGGCUGGACUUUUCCUCAGAGUGACUCCGAUUCCUGCAAGUCUUCGUCUUAAAGUGCACUUUUUCAUAAACUAAGGGGGAAAGGGGACAUUUUCUAAGACUUCUACUGAGCUUUGAAACUAACCCUGAAAGAUAAGCUGUGUUCAUGAGCACCACAACUAUCUGCAUGAAUAGUAACCAUCAUUUGUACACGCAGGUACCUGCAGACCAGAUGGGACUUUCUAUUUUCACUGAAGUAUUCCAUUCAUUUUCUACCAUUCAAGUGCUUGCUAUGGACUAACUGAGAACAGACCCACUCUUUAUCAGUGUCGAAUUCCCUGUGCUCUAUGUUAGAGUGUAUUGCUAGCACGUUUACAGUGCUAAAAUGAGGUCAGAAGGGUAGUUCUGAAGAAGUGUUUGAGUGCAAAAAAAUGCCAUUAAGCAGUGAUCAGGAUCAGCAGAGGGGUUCUGAAGUGGCCAUGAGCAGAAUCCUUUAAAGGAUUCAAGGACACUUCUCUUCAGCUGACCUGAAAUCCGUAACGAGAUUCCAACAGGGAUCAAUAGCAGAUUAAAUACUGCAUAUAGCUUGAAUCUGCAUUGAUUAUCUAAAUUUUAUAUGUUAAAACACUAAAAAUCAACAAAUUUACUAAUAGGACCAAUCUAAAAAGUCUUUUCCAUUCAUUUGAAAUGAAUCAAAACUCAAUUUCCUGACUGUAUUGACUUAAAUUGUCUCACACAAUACUACAGAGUAUUUAGAGGCCAUUAAACUCUGUACAAUUUGACCUACUCGUUAAAAGGUGUUAAAGUCUGCUCUGAGUAUUUCUGAUAUUCUAGUUGAAUGAUGAUAUUGAACCAGAUUGUCAUUAGAAAAGCAUAUAAAAUGCUGAUUAGAGUUAAAAGAAUCGUUAGCUUUUUUCUGUUUGCAAGCCCAAAGACUUUUGCGUUCAGAUGCACAAUGAAUACUCGUUGAGGGACAAUUCAUGGGCGACACUUUUGACCAGUGUAAGUUUGUAAAUAAAUUGCUUCGCUUGUUCAAUCAAAACAAGACUCUUGUAUUUUUCUGCACUUAUUUGAUUGGAAAGCUGUAGAGAGAGGAAAUAGUGGGGAGUGAUACGCAUCAAACAGGAUCAGGUGUCAGGCCUACAGAACUGAACCAGUGUCCCAGUUUAAAACAUCUUACUGCAUCGAGUGAAUUUUCAUCUCUCAGCACGCCGCUGACAUUUACUGUAAGCUAGCUAAAACAGACUGGGAGUUUGGAUGAGUGCCUCGGCUGAACCUCUGACUGAACUCAACAGAAACUCUGGCCCACUUUUGGUUUUCUUUUUAUCUCAGUUCACUUUUAAGAAAUAAACUUCCCCAGCCCUUGCAGAUAUUCUCAGCUAACUUAUUUUGAACUGACUCUGUUUAGAAUCAGUUCAUGUCACCUGGGCUUAAACCAUUUAUAUCAAGCAGCAACCUCCACAGUAGGUAGAUGGAUGGAUAAAUAGAUGGAUAGAUGGAUGGAUAGAUAAUGAAUUAACAGUUAUUAACCACAUUUUUUGGAAUGUCUAGUUCAAUUUCACUAGCCACACCUCUGACAUCUAUCAGCCUGGAAGACUACAAAGCCAUUUCUGAGGCUUUGUGAUUCAAGCAAACCACAUUGAGGGCCAUUAUCUACAAACAGAGAAAACUUGGAACAGUGGUGAACCUUCCCUGGAGUGGCUGGCCUACCAAUAUUACUCCAAGAGUGCAUCAAAAACUUAACCAAGGUGGUCAGAAAAAACCUAGAACAACAUCUAAACACCUGCAGGCCUCAUUUGACUCAGUUAUGGUCAGUGUUCAUGUUUCAACAAUAAGACAGAGACUGGGCAAAAAUUGCAUCCAUCAGGAGAGUUCCUCUACUGACCCUAAAAGGACACAACGGAUUGUCUCACAUUUGCCAAAAUCAUCUUGAUGGUCCUAAGACUUAAGAAAAUAUUCUGUGCGUUGACAAGACAAAAGUUGAACCUUUUGGAGGGUGUGUGUCUGGUCAAACAUUGUGGUGGUAGUGAGAUGGUCUAGGACUGCUUUGGACCUGGAUGGCUUGUUAUAACUAGAAAAACACUGAGAGGGCAGACCUUCGCCAUUAGCCCUAUCUCCCAAUAUUAAAGAAUCCUUUGAAAAAUUCCUGGAUCCAGAGGGUGAUCCGGAUCACUCCCAAAAUCGAAUCAG